CUGGAUCGCAUACGAGGGCGGCCAGGCUCGCCAGCACUGUGCGCGGGUGGAGGGCGCCUCGCCGCCAUGUACCGCCCCACCCACCACGCCUCCCGCACGGAUCGCCUUUCUCCGCCUGCUGAUCUGUCGCCCUUCGCGGAAGACUCGGAACAGCAGCUCCUUGGCGGCCCAUCGGGCGGAUCAGGUGGAUGCGGACCGCCAGCCCACGGGGGCACGGCCAAGGAGCCCGCAUUGCCUCGAUGCACCGCUGUCUUUGGUGAAUCGGGCCUCGUGCCGCCUGCGCCGCCCACGGCCGCCGCGUUCUCGUUGGACGACUCGGAUCUCGCCAGCGUCGUCAGCGAGAGCUGGACCAAAUGCGCAGCGUCGCGCCGCCUCGCCUCCGUGGCCCCUUCUGCACUGCCCGCGCAAACCGUGCCGCAUUCUGUAGGGAACGCGUCGUCCGCGCCCUCGGCCACUGCGCCGCCGGGCCUGCCCGGAUCGCUUUCGUCCGGCAGCCUUUGCGGCCGCUUCGCAGCGUGGGGGUGCGCCGAUCCACUCUUCGCGUUCGAGCGCGGCGCGCUGCUGGUGGGGGAGAGCGGGAUAUCGCACGCUGCAGAAACUUCGUUUCGCGCGCGUUUUCCUCGCGCCCAUCCGUCCGCGCAAGCGUCGGCGGGAUAUGGUAUGGCGCGCGGAAGUAGCGCGAGCAGCAUCAGCACGAGCUGCCAGCACUCGGCGCUCCACCAGCGGGCGAUCUCGCCGUCCGCCACGGCGGGGCACGUCGCGGACUGCUUAGAGCGCACGGCGGACAGCGUGGGCGCGCGCCAAGGGCAAGGGGGAACGGCGGAAGGGCGUGACGGAAGAGUUGUCGCAGGUGGCGGAAGCAGCAGCGGGGGGAAGAGGCGGUGGGGCGGCCCCUCAUCGAGCUCUGUGCUCAUCGGCGCUAGCUCCGUGCACCGCGCGAACAACCGUCCCGCCUCCGCCGUACACGCGGUGGCGUCAGUGGCGGCGGGGUGGGAGGAAGCGAUGGGAGAGGCGGAUGAGGAAGGCAUGGGGGAGGCGAUGGGAUGCUGGGCGGAAGGGAUGGGAGAAGCGGAGCGGGCGGAGGGCGCGCGCGAGGAGGACAUGGAGGAGGGCUUCGAGCUGUCGGAGUACCUCAGCCUGCCCGACGACCUCGCGUGGUGCGCGUGGCCCGCCUGCGACCAAGUCGCCGUCUCCCGCGCCGUCAACCCCGCCGGCAUGUCCGCCGGGCUAGGAGACGUCGCUGACGGCGCCGUCGAGGGCGGCGAGCCGCAGCCGAACAGCUUCUGUCGCGCGCACCAGGCGCUGACGUCGGAUGCGCGCGUGCGCGGCGGGUGUCUCAUGUCGCUGCUAGCGCGCAUGGACGGCGACGGGGCGCACGCCCACCAGCCGCCCGCCUCCGGCCAAUUCUCCGCUCCCCGUUCCGCGCAUUCUCCCGCGCCCUUUGCCGCGCCCAUCGUCACUGCCGAGUCAUCGCCGCGCCAGCGGCUUCAGCAGCUUUCACCGCCGCCCUUCGCCCGCGCGGAUGCGGCUUGCGGGGACGAGGCGGCGGCGCUGCUGCAGCGAGCGGACGUGGUGGCGGGACUGGGUGCGGGAACGGCGCCAGUGGCAGCGGAAAGGAGCGUCGCUGGGGCUGAGGCGCGCGGAUGCCUGCAGGGGGCGGUGGAUGGCGCGAGUGGCGAGGGGGCGGCGGCGGAGGGCUUGUUCUGGGCGGCACUGCCAGACAUGUUGCAGUGGGUGUGUGGGUUGUGCUUUCAUGCCCUACAUUCAUCCCCCAUCUCCCCUUCCCCUCUUUGCCCCCCAUCGACUCCCAUCGAUUCCCCCUCGCCCCUUCCCCCCUCCGCAGCGUGGUUCCGCGGGUUGGAUGUGUGGGAGGACGCACAGCCGGCGCAGCAGGGCGGCAGGGAGGGAGCCGAGGGACCUGCAGGGGAGGAGGGGCAGGGCGCGCGUGCUUGCUGGGAUGGGGAGUUGGGGAAUGGAGAGGGGGACGGUGGAGUGACGGGCGCGAAGGGGCGAGCCCGAGGGCGGGGAGUAAUGGCGGAGGCGUGGAGUGGGGAGUGCGGGGCAAUGGAUUUGCAGGCAGGAGCGGAGUGGGCGGAUGUAGGGGCAGCAGGGGCGGUUGGGAGCGGUGGUUCGAGUGAGGAGCACAUGCAGUGGCAGGUGGAGGCGCAUGAGGGCGGGCAGGGGCUGCAUGCUGCACGCCUGCGCGGUCAAGGGGCAGCAGAGUCGCCCCGCGCAGCACCACGUGCAGCGGCGGCACAUGCAGCAGUUGGGGAUGGAGAAAGAAAACAACUGCCUGCAAUGCCUGCUGCUGCACUUCCCGCUGCGUUCCCGCUCGCUGCUUCUCCUCCAUCGGCCGCUGCUGCCCCCCUCCCCGCCUCGCCUGCUGCCGCGGGUGGUGGUGCGGGCGGGCCAAGCAGCGCUGCUCUGCGCGGUGCGGAGAGGCGUGAGAGGCGGCAGCGCAGCAGCAGAGCGGCGGCAGCAGCAGCAGCAGCAGCAGCUGGGGCAGGCGCGGGAGGCAAGACGGGUGCAGGUGCGGCACGGCAAGUGUCUGGCGCGGCCACUGUGGGGGCACAUGCAGGAGGGGGGGCGGACGGCAGUGGGGCAGUGGCCGGGGGCACAAGGGCGGAUGCAGGUGCAGCAGGAGUUGGUGGUGGGGCAGGCGGGGCCAGGUUCGUGCCGUAUCACUUGUGGCAUCAACCUGCCGCUCCCCUCAUGCCCCCCAUGCUCUUCGUGCAGCCGCCCUUCCCGCCUCCGCACAUGCCCUUCCCGCAAGCAGGUGCGGCAUCAGCAGUGAUGGGUGGGAGCGUGGCAGGGGCCAUGCACCCUCUCCAUCACAGCGGCAACAGCGUGGCACUUGUACAUGGGGCUGCCAGCCCCAGGAUGUUCUCCGCACUCCCUGCUGCUCUUGCCACUCCGCCCUCUGCGCCCGCCACCACCGCCCCUGCUGCUGCUGCGCCAUCCGCAGCUCCUACUGCCCUUACCCCACCACCCGUCUGCUCUGCCCACGCACCACCCGUUCUCGGGCCCGACCCCUCGCACAUGCACCAUCUCCUCUUCCCACCGUCGCCUGCGCUGUACCCCGCGCCCCCCUCGCUGCACCCCACGUGUGCAGCGCGGUCCGCAGCGGCCAUGAUGAUGGCGGCCGCCACUGCCACGGCCAUGGCGCGGCGCCGCCACCUGCUGGGGCUGGCGGGCGAGCCGGUCAUGAAGAGGAAGCGCGGGCGCCAGAAAAAGCCGCCGCCUCGCAAUGGACCGUGCGGGGCCACCACCAACCUGAGGCGCAUUGUGCCCAGAGCGGAGGGGGAGGAGGCGCGCGAUGAGGGGGGGGCAGGGGCAGAUGCUGGUGAAGUAGGGGGGGGUGCAGGGGGCAGCAGGGGCAAGGCUGCAGGUGGAAGUGGGUCAGGUGGGGGCUCAAGCGUGGUGGCAGGAGGGGCAGCUGCGCAGGGACCAGCAGUCAGUGGUGGUAGUGGUGGAGGGGGGAGGAUAAGAGCAGACAAGGUGGGGCGUGUGCUGUCAGCGGCAUUUGGAGGGGGGGUGGGGUGUGCGCCUGUGGUAGGGCCCGUGUUCAUGCCUCGGGCUUAUGUGCCCUUCCCUCUCACCUUCCAUGCCAUGCCACAGGCCAUGCAUAGAGAGGCGAUCCCCUCGCCCUUCAACCACCUUGCUGUGCCUACUGCCACCGCUGCCGCCACUGGUGCUGCCAGCGAUGACGCUGCUGCUGCACUGGUUGCUGCGGUCGCUAAUGCUGCAUCCCCUUGUGCUACAGCAGCAGCUGCUGCGGCUUCUGUGCACACAGUUAGCUCUCUUGCUUCCCCUCCUGUGCAUGCUGCUCCUCAUGACAGCAUCGGCAGUGGCGCGGCGUUAGCAGCACCAGGCAGCAAUGGUGCGGGUGGGGUUGACCGUAUGGCUGCUGCACCUGCACCAGGUGCACCCAACUGUGCUCCACAACCUGCGCUCUCAUCUGCUGGGCCCCCUUUUUCUAUGACUCCGCCUCCCGGACCUUUUAUGCCUGGCUUUCCUGCCGCAGCCACUGCAGCGUCAGUCUCUGCAGAGGACAGUGAAGGUCGAGUGCAUGGGGCAAGGCUGGUUUCGAGAAUUUUGGAGAUGAGAGGAGUGGAUGCAGAGGAUUGUGUUGCUGGCAUGCAUCACCGGAAGCUUGCUAAGGUGGAACAAUGA